UCUACUUGAAUUGAAUUUUUGAAUGUUUAGAGCGCAAUUGAACAAGGCAAUCGUUUGUCAGCCUUUUCGUUGUUUACGAAUAUACAUGAAUUGCGCUUCCGUUCAUUAUCAGCUUUAGGCGGAGAGGCAUGUGAUUGUCAGGAAUCACAUUCAAUUGAAGAUUAUUCCAAUUAGAAAUGGUCGCACCCGAAAUUAGUUAUCAUUCGUCCAAUUAGAAAACACAAUUCUUAAAAGCAUCGCGUCAGAAAUCACAUCUAAUUAAAGAUUACAUGUUGAUUCCAAUUGGAAACAGUAACGACUGGAAUUUGGUUAUAUUUGGUCUAAUUAGAACAUCGGGUUCUUAUACGCAUUUUAGUUGGAAAAUGCUGUCAAGCACACUACGAAAAUCUCGAGUUCCCACAAUCAAAUUUAUAGAAAGAUAAUCUCAUCGAUUUAACUGUUAGCUACAAAAAAAAAAAAACGCCGCCAAGGAUUCGAAAAGGACACUUGUGCGGCAUUCGAAUGAUUGCCAAUAAAAUGAGGCCCGAGCUUAUGAAUAGAUUAUCGGAUGUAUUUUACAUUUCUGACAAUUCCAUUUGCACAGAAUAUGCCAACUUUGCGCCCGCAAAUUUUCAAUUGAAGCGCGCCCUGGUCGUGACAAAGCUAUCCCGCUAUGAAGUGGAGCAACUGCGUCAUCCGGAACUAUCGCGCGAACAGCUGGAGCAGAAGCUACGUGAUCGCGGCACCGACGUGGAAAUGGUCCUCUAUUUGCACAAUCUGCACAAGGAUUUCGAGCGGCGCAUUGUGCAAAGCUUCCAGGACGUCGGCUGCGAGGUGAAGCUCUCCAGCAGACUUGAAUUUAGAAGCUCUCUGAGCAAGGAUGUCAUGAGCUGGGCGGAUGUUAUUGUGCCCGUUGGCGGCGAUGGCACCUUUCUGCUGUCCGCCAAUCGUGCCAGUCCCUUGUUUGCCCUCAGCCAGCAGAAAACGCCGAUUGUUGGCUUCAAUUCGGAUCCACAGCGUUCGGCGGGCCGCCUUCUGUUGCCCAAGUACUUUUCGGAGAAUCCCGAGGAAGCCGUCAGCCGCAUCAAAAGCGGCGACUUUAAAUGGAUGCAUCGCUCACGCAUACGCACCACCAUGCUGGGCAGCAAUGGCAAGAUACCCGAGUCGACGGACCUGUUCAGGCACACGGCUGUCAAGAUGGAGCAGGUGGAUACGGCGCCGGAAAUGCUCGACGAGCACAUGGCCAACAAGUACAAGGCCAAAAUGAAGCGUAUUCUGCCCUAUCUGGCGUUGAACGAGGUCUUCAUUGGCGAGCAUAUUUCGGCACGCGUGUCACAUUUGCAACUGGUGCUGGACCAUCAGGAUCUGGUCAAUAAAACCAAAUGUUCUGGCCUAUGCGUAAGCACCGGCACUGGCUCCACAUCCUGGCACACGAGUAUCAAUCGCAUAACCAGCAGCGAUGUGGACGAUCUACUUAAAUCGCUGCCCAACAGCGAUUCCCCCGAUGUGCUUCGGCUGCGCGAAAAUGUUGACGAAAUAGCACAGCGCUACAAUCAGGGUCUGCUCUUUGCGCCCGACGAUCCGCGCCUAUGCUACUCCAUACGGGAGCAAAUCUGUGUGGGCGUCUGGCCCUCCCCAUCCACAUUCAAAGCCCGCGAUUUUGUCCAGAGCGUGUUCAUCAAAUCGCACUGCAUCGAUGCCAAUCUGGUCAUUGAUGGCAGCAUUUCGUAUCCAUUUAACGAUGGCGCCAAAGUGCUGCUGGAGAUCUGUCCCGAGGAUGCGCUGCUAACGAUCGCCCUAGACUGAAACACUGAAGCAACUGACAUA